AUGGCCAACUCGUUGGAAGAACCUCUGCAGGGUUCGAGCACUCCACAGCUCUUCAGGCCCCGUCGUUCGUCGUCGCCCUCGCGCCAGCCGAUUAUCACCUGUCGAGUGCUCACGAACUCGCGCGAUGUUCUUGCCACGCCACCCCGACGCUUGAAGUCCGAAAGCCUGGAGGUCCCGGACCUGAUUUUGGCACCUUCGCAGGAGAAUGCGGACCUGGACGGUGCCAAGGAGUCGUCGGAAGCGGCGGAGGAGAUGAGCAGCUGCGAAACCAUCUUCAACUUGGCCAACACCAUGGUGGGCAGCGGCGUCCUGGCGGUGCCCUACGCCUUUCGUUUGACCAGUUACUGGGCCGUGGCGCUGCUGCUGCUGGUGGUGGCCUUCACCGCCUUCACGGCGUGUCUCAUCGGUGAGUCCCUGCAGCUGGCGCGGUUUCGCCACGGCACCUGGACGUCGCAGCACAGGGACUUCACCUUCCUGGCAGAGGUCUCUUGUGGCUUGCGCGGCAAAUAUUUGGUGGCCGUGGCAACUGCUCUGGAGCUUUGGGUUGCCGUUGUGACCUUUUUGGUGAUGAGUGGAAGCAAUGUGCAAGGCCUGCUGGGAGUGGAUGAGCUCCACGCUGUUUUGGUUUGCACACUUCUUUCCACGGUCAUGAUUUUUAUCCCUUUGCGAGUCUAUGCCUAUGUCUCUCUCGCGUCUCUGAUUGCUCUGCUGAUCGCCAGCGUGGCGUUUGUGGCAGAUCUGAUGAUGACGCCCAGCUGGAGCUUUCCAGAGCCGAAAAAUCCUGAAAUCGGCGACGUCUUUCGCGCCUAUGGUCUCUUCAUCUUUUGCUUUGCGGGGCAUCCCUGCUUCCCAGCUCUUCAUGAAGGGAUGCGCGAGGUGAAACACUGGACCAAUUGCGUGGCUUUGUCGUUCUGCAUCGCUGCGUUGUAUUAUGUCGCCUUGGGCUUAGCCGCUUUCAUUGUCCUUGGCACUGAACUGCACCCGGUCUUUACCAAAGAUAUGCGCAGAGGAGUGCUGGGGCAGAUGACAGCUGUGAAGAUACAGCUGACCACUCCCGUGCUGCUUAGAGUGGUCCUGGUGUCGAUGCAAAUUUGGCCUGAAGGCAUGGCCACUCGCAAAGAGUUCCUGCAAAGCUUUCUGCCUGCGGCAGUGGUCAUCUUCCUCACGGGAGCCAGCGCCUGCUUUCUUGCUCAAAAGGUUGCAGCUCUGGCUUCCUUCGCCGGUGCCUUGCUGGUGAAUCUCACCUCGGUUGUGACACCGGCGAUGAUGUACAUGCGCCUGGCCUCUUCCAAAACAGACCAGGUGAAGCGACUCUUCUGUGCUUUCCUGGUGGUUUUCGGCCUCAUCACGGCCGUAGCGGGGACCUACCUGGCCGUGGUGGAUAUGGGUUGA